AUGGCUCAGACUAGAGCAUACUUCAUCCUGGUCUCAUGCCUGAUGUUUUUGUCUCCAAGCCAAGGCCAGGAGGUUGAAGAAGAUUUUCCCUCUGCCAGGAUCAUGUGCUCAGAAGGUGCCAAUGCCUACAGUUCCUACUGUUACUAUUUCAUGGAAGACCGUAUGGCCUGGGCUGAUACAGAUCUCUUUUGCCAGAAUAUGAAUUCAGGCCACCUUGUGUCAGUGCUCAGCCUGGUUGAAGGCAACUGUGCAUCUCUGAUUAAAGAGAGUGGUACUAUGGAUGCUAAUGCCUGGACUGGCCUCUAUGACCCCAAAAGGAACCAUCGUUGGCACUGGAGCAGUGGGUCCCUGGUUAUCUACAAAUCCUGGGCUCCUGGAGCUCCAAACAAUACCAAUCAUGGUUACUGUGUAUCCUUGACUUCAAACACAGGAUACAAGAAAUGGAAGGAUGAUAAUUGUGAUGCACUCUAUUCCUUUGUCUGCAAGUUCAAAGGUUAA